AUGGUCGUCAGAAUCAGCGGCACUGUUGGGGGUUAUGCCCAGAUUGCUGGCAGGCAUGUCCUAAAUGGCACAACUGUUGUCCCCGAGGAAGACGUGGGCAAGCCCGUCCAAGACGUUAUCAUCGAUAAAGACGCCGCUGUCGGUGGCUACUUCCAGGCUGCGGGAGGUACUGUCGUCAACUCGCCGGAGGUUAUCUAUGCUCGAGCCCAUGGAGCCAUGUUUCCCAAUCCUCCCAACCCCGGAUACGGAAAUGGGCCAGUGCUACCCAUGGCACCAGUAUUUCCCGUGGCACCAGCUACCGCUCCCAUGCUCGUUGAGGGAGUGAACGUGGCUGAUCAAAUUCACAGACUGCUAACCGCACAACACAUCUCCACAUCUAACUCCAUCAACGACUCGCGGACAUCCGAGGAAAGAGUCGAUCCAACCUCCGAUGGCUGCGAUGGACCAAUCGUAACAAACGGAAGUAUCACGACAACGAUACAUGUUACAGCAGCUCCAGCGAACGAGGUCACGGCCACCCCCGCCAUGCCCCAAGCGAUGCCAAUGCCGAUGCCAGCAAUAGUGCAACAUAGUGCAGUCCCAGUAGUGGAGCAAGCCGAGAACCAAACCAUCGCUGCGCCCCUGCAGACAGACACCCUCACGGUUCCAAAUGACCCAGUGGUCGAUAACAUUUCGCUGGCUUCCCAAGCCAGGUCUGAUCGUCGUCAGCUGUUCCCUGGUAUUAGGGCCCAUGCGCGACGAGCGAGGAGGUUUCUUAAGGCAUGUUUCCAGUCCUAG